UUGAUGAAGCCCUAGAUUUUCUUCGACGUCUAAAUCCCUAACCAGACCCUUCCCUAAAAUUCCUCUCAUUCAUUCUCUCAAAACACACUUCCACGCCCUAAUUAUCAAAUAUUAAAUUUAUCCAACCCCUUCUCUUUCCCUCUAAUUUCCGCCAUUGAACAGAACAAAAUAAAAAAACCCUAAUCUGAAUGCCCCACUUCUGUGUCCUCUUUCAUUCUCUCUGUUGAACCUAUUCCAAUGGCUAGAGGCCUCUUCCACUUGUGCACACGCAAGAGAACCCUCUCAAAGCUUCAAGCUCUUCUCUUCAACCACUCCCAAUUCCACACUUUUCAGAACCCGGUUUCCCCAAUUUCGACCCGUUUCUCAAACCCGCUCCUUCGGCCGAGAUUCUCCCAAAGUUCGAGACUUCCCGGCGAAAGAUUCCUCCCCGCAAGACCUUUUUCCGCCGCCGGAGAUGAGGGCGGCGGCGGCGGCGGCGAGACGCCGAUAGCUGAGUUCGACGCAGAUUGUGGUAAGAACAUUGAUUUUGAGCUUGAAAAUGAAGAUAGUAGUAGUAUUAAUGGUUUUUGUGAACAUGGGGUUGUUGCAAACGAUGGUAGUGAAGAAUGCAAUUUAGAAAUUGUUGAUUCUUUGCAAGAAUGUAGUAGUAUUAGUAGUGGUAGUGAUAAUGGCGAUGAGUUAGGGAAGAAGAGUGAGGAAUUUGACCACGUGGCAUCACGUGACCCUGUCGAGUUGUACGGCGAAAUGUGCAGUGGGAAACGGGGUGCAAGUCUGGAUAGGUCAGAGGUAGAGGUGCUGCGAGAAGUGUGCGUUUGGUUUGCCAAAUCAGGUUGGGCAUCCAAUCAGGCCCUUGCUAUUUAUAUUGGUUUGUCAUUUUUUCCCACAGCAGCACACAAGUUCCAGAGCUUUCUCAUGAAGAAAUGCCCUGUUGAUGUUGCCAAGUACUUGGAGUAUCUUGGGCCGAGCCAAGAGGCAGUGAGUUUUUUGUUUCCAAUAUUUGUGGAGUUUUGUUUGGAGAAAUUUCCUGAUGAGAUAAAGAGGUUCAGGGGUAUGGUUGAGUCGGCUGACCUCACCAAGCCACACACUUGGUUUCCAUUUGCAAGAGCGAUGAAACGGAAGAUUAUUUAUCAUUGUGGGCCGACGAAUAGCGGCAAGACGUAUAAUGCAUUGCAGCGGUUUAUGGAGGCGAAAAAAGGGAUUUAUUGUAGUCCACUUAGGUUGUUGGCUAUGGAAGUUUUUGACAAGGUUAAUGCAAAGGGGAUCUAUUGCAGCUUGUUGACCGGGCAGGAAAAUAAGCGUGUACCGUUUUCAAAUCAUGUUGCAUGUACUGUGGAAAUGGCAUCGACACAGGAAUUGUAUGAUGUGGCAGUUAUUGAUGAGAUUCAGAUGAUGGCAGAUCCUAAUAGGGGGUAUGCAUGGACAAGGGCUCUCCUUGGGUUGAAGGCUGAUGAGAUACAUUUGUGUGGUGAUCCUAGUGUUAUGGAUAUUGUCAAGAAGAUCUGUCAAGACACUGGAGAUGAGUUGUAUGAACAGAAUUAUGAGAGGUUCAAACCGUUGGUGGUUGAAGCUAAGACGCUGCUAGGAAAUCUUGAAAAUAUUCGGUCUGGGGAUUGUGUAGUUGCAUUCUCUAGAAGAGAGAUAUUUGAGGCUAAGUUGGCAAUUGAGAAGCAGACUAAACACCGUUGUUGUGUGAUAUAUGGUGCUCUUCCACCUGAAACUCGUAGACAGCAGGCUAGUUUGUUCAACGACCAAAGCAAUGAAUAUGAUGUUCUGGUGGCCAGUGAUGCAGUGGGAAUGGGCCUGAACCUUAACAUCAGAAGGGUGAUUUUUAAUAGCCUUACAAAGUACAAUGGUGACAAAAUGGUUCCUGUUCCGGCAUCGCAGGUUAAGCAAAUUGCAGGAAGAGCUGGCCGGAGAGGAUGCCUAUAUCCUGAUGGACUUGCCACAACCUUGCAUUUAGAUGAUUUGGACUACUUAGUUGAGUGUUUGAAACAACCUUUUGAUAAUGUGAAAAAGGUAGGCCUGUUUCCAUACUAUGAACAGAUUGAAUUGUUUGCUGGGCAACUUCCGGAUUUGACAUUCAGCCAGAUAUUAGAAAAAUUUGGUGAAAGUUGCCGUUUGGACGGGUCAUACUUCUUGUGUCAACAUGGUCACGUCAAGAAGAUUGCUAAUAUGUUAGAGAGGGUCCAGGGAUUAUCUCUAGAAGACCGUUUUCAUUUCUGUUUUGCUCCUGUCAAUGUUAGAGAACCAAAAGCUAUGCACCAUUUACUUAGAUAUGCAACAUCUCUUGGUCAGAAGCUCCCUGUAAAUGUAGCUAUGGGCAUGCCAAGAAGUUCUGCUCGAAAUGAUGCUGAACUCCUAGACCUUGAGACUAGGCAUCAAGUAUUAUCUAUGUAUUUGUGGUUGUCCAACCAAUUUGAUGAGGAGACAUUUCCUUAUGUGAAGAAAGUAGAGGCAAUGGCUUCAGAAGUUGCUCACUUACUGGGUGAAUCUCUUGUCAAAGCUAACUGGAAACCUGAAUCAAGGAAUAAAGAGAAACAGAAAACUGGAAAAAAUGAAAAGCAACUAGAAACAGGGAGUGCAGUUCAAUUACAAACUGUAAAACGGGGAAUGGACUAUUCAAGGCAACAAUCACUGAUAAAAUUGUACAAGAAGAAUCGUCAUGAAAAUUCUUUACAGCUUGAUAAGUCAAAGAAAGUAGCUAGCUAAAUUGUCAUGACCCUAAGGUAGUUCUAACAUUCUCUCUUCUGUUGGGGAUGGAUCUUCGAGGUUUAUUUUCUGCGGGAUAAUAUAGGAAUUUUCUGAAAUGAAUAUGAAAAGUUAGCCGUUUGAUCCAAAUAAGAAUUGUAAUUUUAUAAUGCAAAAUAGUUACUCACUUGUACUUAUUUUCGCAUUUUAAAAAUUUUAAACUCA